UCUCUUAUCUUUUUUUUUUUUUCUUUUGUCCAAUUCAUUUAUCUCUCUCUAAAACCCUCGGUUUAAAAUUUUCUCAUCGAUCUCUCUUUUUUGAAAGUAAAGGCUCGUCCUUUCUCACUCCCCCCCCCGACUCCAAACCUCUUUCCAUGUGUGCUUGGCGUCUAGUCUCUCUCCAAGUAGCGUAAUCGAGAAACCUGCAAAUGGCACCGGCGGUUAGGAAGUCGAGGAGUGUGAACAAGCGUUUCACCAACGAACCUUCGCUGAGAAAAGAUGCUUCUGGAACUAGCUCCAGAAGAAACAAGCAGCGUAAGGUGAAAAUGUCUGACAAACUGGGACCUCAGUGGACCAAAACAGAGCUUGAGCGUUUCUAUGACUCCUACCGAAAGUACGGGCAGGACUGGAGAAAGGUGGCUGCUGCAAUUCGGAACAGUAGGUCUGUUGACAUGGUGGAAGCCCUUUUUAACAUGAAUCGGGCAUAUCUAUCUCUUCCGGAGGGUACUGCCUCUGUAGCUGGCCUUAUUGCUAUGAUGACGGAUCAUUACAGUGUCAUGGAAGGGAGUGGCAGUGAAGGAGAAGGCCGUGAUGUUCCAGAAGCACCGAGGAAAUAUCAAAAACGCAAACGUGCAAAACCUCAGCUUAGUGAUUCUCGAGAGGAAGUUGAUAAACAUCAUCCAGUUGCGUCAACUGAUGGAUGUCUCAAGUUCUUGAAACAAGCACGAGCUAAUGGAAGUCAUCGACGUGCCACUGGCAAACGUACACCUCGGGUUCCUGUACAAACUUCACACAUGGGGGAUGAUAGAGAAGGCCCUACUCCACCAAAUAAAAGAGCCAGAAAGCAACUUGACUCCAAUGAGGAUGUUGCUUCACAUUUUUUAGGAUUAACAUUAGCAGACGCAUCUAGAAGGGAAGGGUCUCCACAAGUUUCCGAAUCACCAAAUAGAAGAACAGAGCCCAGCGAUAACUCGCCAAUAAAGAGCUGGAGGAAAAUGUCGCGAGCGAGGAAAGCUCAACAGUGGGUGGGAAGUAGCCGAGAAAAGAAGGUUGAGUCUGAUAGAGAGGAUGCGUUGUUGGUGGAUAUGGAAGGAGUUGGCGAAAUGGAGGCUCCACGGAAGGUGAAAAGGGUCUACAAGAAAAGAGUCAAAGCCGAAGAAGCCGAGUGUAAUGAUUCUGAUGACAAUGGUGGGGCUUGCAGUGCCACUGAGGGAAGGAGAACUAAAUCAAAGAGACGAAAAGCAGGUGUUGAAGCCUCGAGAGGGACAUAUUCACCGCGCAGCCCAAAGAAAAGAGAUAACAAACUUACCACCGGAGAUGAAUUUGAUGCUCUACAAGCCUUGGCUGAUUUGUCAGCUUCACUGCUUCCGGGAGCAUUUAUGGAAUCAGAAUCAUCUGCUCAGUUGAAGGAAGAGAGAAUAGAAAACGACAUGGACGAGAAACCUAGCUCACCAGAAGCCACGUCCACAAGGAGUCAUGGGGAAAAAGCAGAUUCAGAGCCAGAAGAUAGUCUCCUUCAUGCAAUUUCGGCUAUUGGGAAUGCUGCUUACAGUAGAAAACCAAAAUUUUCAAGGCAACCAUCCACUGAUUGUAGUGCUGUUCCCACGGAGAAGCUUGAACCGGAGCCUACUAGUGGCAGUUCAAGAAGAACGCGAAAACCAAAGAAGCUAUGGGAUGAAACUCCAACUGAAUCUACUCGGAAGAAAUCCAUAAAGAAGCAGGAAUCGGCUCAAGAAGACCUUAAUAUGAAGUCUUCGCUUAAAACAAAACGCUCUGGUCAAGGCCCCCCUCAGUCAAAACAGUUAAAAGCUGUUAAAGAGCUGGAGGAAACUACUACAACGAGCGAUAAGAAAGGACCUGCGAUGGAUGUAGAAGUGGCAACUAAAGAAGUUUCUGAUUCGGGUCCAGCCAGUUUACCGCAGAAGCCUCCAAACAGGCGUAAGAUGAGUCUGAAGAAAAGCUUACAGGAAAGGGAUAAAUCUUCUGAUAAAGCUUCCCGUAGCUCGAGAUCUCUUUCAGAACAGGAGGUGUUGUUAAAGGAUAAGCUUUCUACUUCUCUGUCGCAUCCCUUGGCACGUCGAAGGUGCAUAUUUGAAUGGUUUUACAGUGCUAUCGACCAACCCUGGUUUGCAAAGAUGGAGUUUGUCGAUUACCUGAAUCACGUAGGACUUGGUCACAUUCCAAGGCUUACUCGUCUUGAGUGGAGCGUCAUUAAAAGCUCUCUUGGUAGACCACGAAGAUUCUCUGAGAGGUUUUUACAGGAAGAGAGGGAGAAACUCAAACAGUACCGUGAGUCUGUGAGAAAGCAUUACACUGAGCUUCGAACAGGUGCUAGGGAAGGGCUUCCUACAGAUUUGGCUCGGCCUUUAGCAGUUGGGAAUAGAGUCAUUGCCAUCCAUCCCAAAACACGAGAGAUUCAUGAUGGGAAAAUUCUCACCGUUGACCAUAGCCAAUGCAACGUUCUGUUCGACGAGUCGGGCGUUGAGUUAGUUAAGGACAUUGAUUGUAUGCCUUCAAACCCAUUGGAAUACAUGCCAGAGGGUCUAAGGAGGCAAGUUGAUAAGUGCUUGUCCAUAAAGAAAGAAACACAACAGCUAAGCGGGAAUCCAAACCUUGAUGCGUCUGUUAUCUUCCCUCCAUGCGGACUUGAGAAUGUUGACUUUUCCAUGAAUCAAUCUCUGAACCAGGGUGAUAUGAUUGCUCCUAUUCUGCAUGGUAAAGUAUCAACCAACACUAGUAGUAGCCCACAUCAGACUAAUCAGCCAUGUAUCAUAAAUUAUAGCAAAGGACAUGAAGCUCAGAUUCAAAGAGCACUCGCGUUACAGCAUGCUUUAGAUGAGAAGGAAAUGGAGCCUGAGAUGCUAGAGAUUGUCAAGGGUUCAAAGACAAGAGCGCAAGCAAUGGUGGAUGCAGCUAUCAAGGCUACAUCAUCUGUGAAGGAAGGAGAAGAUGCCAUCAAAAUGAUCCAAGAAGCCUUAGACAUGGUUGGCAAACAUCAGCCGUUGCCCAGCUCUGUGGUCAUCAAACAUGAAGAGCAUGCAAAUGGCGGCAUAGAUCAUCAAAAAAAUCCAUCUCCUUCAGACGCAUCAAAGCCUAAGGCUAACAACGAUUUCAUCUCACAAGAUGGUUCAGAGAAAAACGAGGCUCAAAUGCCUUCGGAGCUAAUCACAUCCUGUGUUGCCUCUUGGCUCAUGAUUCAGAUGUGCACGGAGAGGCAGUACCCUCCAUCAGAUGUGGCACAGCUUAUAGACACAGCAGUUACAAGCUUGCAGCCUCGAUGCCCCCAGAACCUACCGAUCUACAGAGAAAUCCAAAUGUGUAUGGGACGAAUCAAGACUCAAAUCCUCUCUCUAGUACCAAGUUGAAAAGUCCAUCCUCCUUUAAAACUUAGAGUAGAUGAUGAUAGGGUGUGUUAUGAGUUCAUGGGAGCAAGAUAACAGCUUGACCAGAGGUAUACUAGUUACUGUAAUCAAUCUUGAGCUGAUGUUUAUGGUUUUUAUUAUAAUU